CCUGAACUUCUCAGAACCGAACAACAGAAACUGAGGAUGGGUCGAACACUGGUGCUAGCCAUGGUAGCAGUCCUGCUGCCCAGUCUCUCACAAGGGAAUCCUCUGCAGGAGAAAUACAAUGUCUAUGGAGAAAGUCAGGGUCCUGAAAGUAAGGAUAUCUUCACCAGAAUCUUAGAAGCCAAUAGAGGAAUCUUGAAGAAGAUGAUGCAGGGUGACAUUGCUGUAUCAAAUACCAGGAGUGCUAUGAAGUGCGAAGGAGGCGAGUGCUUGUGGCCCAGAUCGGAUAACGGAUUGGUUAAUGUGCCUUACAGUCUCUCUGAUACAUACAGUGAUGGUGAUAAGAAGGUGAUACGUGAUGCAAUGAAAGACUUUGUUGAUCAGACCUGUAUCCGGUUUAUAGAGCGCACAACAGAAAAGCAGUACCUGAAUAUAAUGCCUGAUAAUGGGUGUUGGUCCUAUUUGGGCAGGAAAACAAUGCUAGCGCAGCCAGUGUCCUUGACUGCAGGGUGUAUGGCCAAAGGAUCUGUUCAGCAUGAGCUCUUUCACGCGCUGGGCUUUUAUCACGAGCAGUCGAGAAGUGACCGGGACAAGUACGUCACUAUCAUGUGGGAAAACAUUGAUGAAGCAUAUAAAUAUGCAUUUUCCAAAGAAGAUACAAAUAAUCUGGACACUACAUAUGACUAUAGUUCAAUCAUGCAUUACCCAAGCUUUGCUUUCACUAAAUCGGGCAACCCAACUAUAUUACCUAUUUUAAAUCCUAAACGCUACAUUGGACAGAGAGUAGGAAUGACCGCCACUGAUAUCAAAAAAGUCAAUCGUCUGUAUCAAUGUGAUAUCUGCCGUAUGGACUUCAGUGAAAUGUCUGGAAGUUUUGCCUCUACAAACCAUCCCACAUCUUACUCAAAAAACACACACUGCUGGUAUCGCAUUCGAGUUCCAGACAGCACGGUGACUGUGACCUUCGAUGAAUUCAAUCUCCAGAGCUCUCCAGGCUGCUCCUCAAAUUAUAUCAGAGUGUAUAAUGAAGACACUGUCAACGCUCCCAUCCUAUUGGAUAAGACCUGUGGCAAUGUCCGCCCUCCUCCCGUGACUUACAAUGAGAACUUAUUCAGCUAUUCGCAAAGCGGGCAAUCCAUACUUGUGGAAUACUUCAGUGACGCUGCAGUCACUUCAACUGGCUUCAAAGCUUCUUACAAAUCAGAGUGUGGAUUCAAAAGGAUGACGUCAGAAGGAAAUAUCACAUCACCCAACUACCCAUUCAACUACCCAAACAACAUGGACUGCACGUGGACCCUCCUCGCUUAUGAGGAUGAAAUAAUCCAGAUAACCUUCAUAUCCUUUGAUCUUCAAACUGGAGCCCAGUGUAAUCGGGACUAUCUUCUGAUAAGAGACGGGGACAAUUCUACAGCAAAAAAGUUCUGUGGAAACGUGUCUCUCCCAGUCUUCUCCUCUACUGCGUCGCAGGUUGGGGUUCAGUUCCACAGUGACCGUGAAAUCUCCUCCACUGGCUUUAAAUUCAGCUACAAGAGAGUUCGAAAGAUCUGAUGAGAGUGUAGUCUGCUGCAGCCUUCAAUUCAACCAAGCAGGAGUCCCUAUCCCCUACACUUGUCCUUAGCUCUGAUCUCUGGAGGCACCAUUACAAUGUCUGUACUGGGGCUCAUCCUUUCAUCUUUUGACUGCAGUGGUCUUCUGUUGCUAGACUUCAUUCUUCAUGAAAGUGGUAUUUUACAGUAACUGUUAAAACAAUGACUUAUUGCUUCUUUUUUAUUAAGUCCCUCUCAAACCAAUCUUGAAUAAAACAUACUUUCAAAAUAA